GGCAAGUCUCGUUCACGCAAUCAAAAUACGGAGAUUUUGUUUCAAUGGAGAGAAGAUGUCCUUGAAGGCGACGAAUGAGAAGAAGUAUCUGAUCCAGUGACCCCGAAAGGUAGGUAGCCUUUAGAAUGUUCUACCAAACUUGCAUGGUUUGAGCUUGGAUGAAGACGUUUACUAGCAGAAACGUCAUACCCAAGGAAAAUUCGAUCACAAAGACUAUUCAUAUAUAUAUCUAUCUCUCUGUUCCCCCUCCAUUCCCUUUGCCUAUACUCAACUGCUUUUUCUUUGACAAUCUCCCAUUACAUUAAUAUAUCUAUAUCUACAUCAAUUAUAACCGCAAAUAUGGUUCAAAACAAAGGUCUCAUCUUCAAGCAAGUUCCUCAGGGAGUUCCUGUUGCAGGAAAGGAUUUGGUAGUUGAGACUCGUGAAUUCGAUCUUGACCAAGCACCACCUGCUGGAGGUAUCACAACCAAGAACUUCUAUGCCUCCUUCGAUCCUUACCAACGUGGACGCAUGAGAGCUGCAGAGGCCAAGUCCUACUCCCCAGCAUUCCCAUUGGGACAACCUAUCAACAACAGCACUAUUGCCAAGGUUAUCAAGUCAGACAACCCUAAAUUCCAACCAGGAGAUCUUCUCACCGGUUUCAUCUGGACUGAAGAGUACUCUGCUCUCCCAAAACAACUCGCAGAUGGCGCAACCAAGAUUGAAAACCCACACAAGUUGGACGUUAAGCAUUUCCUUGGUGCAUUGGGCAUGCCCGGAUUAACCGCAUACUCCUCUUUCUACGAGAUCGGCAAGCCCGUUAAGGGCGAGACCAUCUUCAUCUCUUCCGCCUCUGGAGCUGUCGGAGCCCUCGUUGGACAACUCGCCAAGCACGAAGGCCUCACAGUCAUCGGUUCCGUUGGUUCUGACGACAAAUUAGACUACAUCAUCAACGAAUUGAAGUUCGACGGAGGUUUCAACUACAAGACUGAGAAGUCCGCAGAUGCCCUCAAGCGUCUCGCACCAAACGGUAUCGAUAUCUACUACGAGAACGUCGGAGGAGAACAAUUGGAAGCUGCCAUCAACGCCAUGAAAGAUUACGGUAGAAUCGUCGCUUGCGGUAUGAUUAGCGAGUACAGCAAACCAGAAGCCGACAGAUACCCAAUCAAGAACUUGAUGAACAUUGUUGCCAAGAGAAUCACCAUGAGAGGUUUCAUCGUCUCUGAUGCUAACAUGGGUCCAUUACAUGUCAAGGCAAGAGACGAGAAUGUUGCCAAGUGGUUGGCAGAUGGAAGCUUCAAGGCUUCUUUGAGCGUUACUGAGGGCAUCGACAAUGGACCAGAGGGAUUGAUCGGUAUGCUUGCAGGAAAGAACUUCGGAAAGGCGGUUCUUAAGAUUGCUGACUUCGAGUAAACAAUACACACAUAUAUAAUCGGCUAAAAAAGCUGUAAAAUAAUAAUUUAAAAAAAUAUAUAUACCCUACCAAAUACAUCAAAUCAAUUCCACAUGAAUCUCUUUAUUCCUGCA